CUCUCUAGAACGCAUACAGAUAUCAGAUACAGGAACACUUAGGUGUAUAGGAGGCGGAAUCGAAUCGGAUGGUGCAACAACAAGAAAAGGCGGUUCCGCUGAAAACGAUGAACAGAAUGCCAUCGGCAGCCUCCUCGUCUUCGUCUUCGUCGUUGUCGUCAUCGUCAUCGUCAUCGUCGCCAAAAUCAAUCACCGAUGACAAUAGCAAUAAUAACUGCAGCGAUACCAAACGCAGCAGCAGCAAUUACUACCUGACCGAGGAGGCCAAGAAAAACCUGAAGGCCUAUACCUACCGAGGGGCGGACAAUUCACUCAUUUAUCAGUACGUUCUCUCGCCCCUGGCCGGCUAUCUGGUGACCACGAUCAUUCCGAAAUCCAUGGCACCAAAUACCGUCACCUCGCUGGGAUUGGCCUGGAUGGUAUCCGCCUAUCUUUCCCACUGGUGGUUUGCCCCGGACCUUGUCUUUGAGGGAUGCGAAAGCGAUAGCCGCGACCCUUCCUGCGACCCUCCCCGCUGGAUAUUUCUGUGGAACGCCAUCUCUCUUCUCGUCUACCAGACACUGGACAACAUGGACGGGAAGCAGGCCCGGAGAACGGGUUCUAGCAGCCCCCUCGGCCUCCUCUUUGACCACGGCUGCGACUCGAUCAACUCGAUAUUUGGGUCGGCCAACGUCAUCAUCGCCAUGGGCCUCGUGCCCUCCGAAAGCUUGCUCAGCAUUUUUUUGCUGAUCUUUGUGCCCAUGGUGGUGUUCUUUAUUGCGACGUGGGAACAGUACUUUACGGGGGAGCUCAUCAUGCCGAUCGUCAACGGCCCAACCGAGGGCCUCCUAGGGACGGCGGCCGUUAGUUUCCUGUCGUUUUGGUUUGGGAUUGGCGUUUGGGAGGAAACCCAUGCCUACGACCUGUUGUCGGCGGCAACGGGCUUUGGUGGUGGACAAGACAGCACACCCUGGAAGAACUCGGAAUUCCUUGUCGGUGCCAUCUCGGUGCUGUCGGUGCAGGAAAUCCUGCUCAAGCUGGCCUUUGGGUUACAGAAGAGAACGGCCGCCGCCCUGGUGCCGUUCUUUGCCAUGGCGGCAUCCUUUUUCGUGAUAGGGUGGAUCGGUCCCGAGAUCUGGCUCUCGAUCCCCCGGACGGGGAUGCACCUGUCCAUGCUGCUCUUUGUGGAAAUAUGCACGGAGCUCAUGCUGGCACACGUCACGGAGGGCUCCUUUCGGCCGUGGAGGUGGCAGAUCGCCCCGCUGGUCGGGAUAGCGGCCUGGGUCGGACUGUCGGGUUCGGCGGGAGGAAACCACGGGUGGGUAGCGCCGGCCCUCGUGGCGUACACCUGGUGCCUGGGCGCCUAUCUGGUCACCAAGUGCACCCUGGUGAUCCGCGAGAUCUGCGAUGCGCUGGAGAUUUGGUGCUUCGACAUUGUGACGCCGCACUGCCGCCGGUUGUAACACACGGCGACGGUGACCAUGCAAUGGUACCCGAGCAUGUUUCCGGCUAUAGACGUAGCUUUUGCACAAGGCGAGGAUCCGAUCGAUGCAAUGGUGGCAAUCGGAGCGACUGUACCGUAGCAAACAUAUUCUUCAAGCGGUCAGAAAAUAACAACCAUUUUCUGUUCCGGGAUGAAGGAUCUAUUGGUCGUGUUGUUUGAGCAUGUUUUUUUCCGGAACAACGCAAGUUACCGGUAAAAAUCGACACCCGUGAUUAUUUGAGAUCAAUCUACUGUGAAAAAGAACCCAUACAGCACUAUGAAAGCUAACGCACGAUAUUAAUA